UUGGACCCAAAAAACCCUAUGAGGAAAAGCCGGCCCAAACAGAAAAUUAUAAAACGAAGAUUUCUAGGGUUUGAUGUUCCUCCGUGUAACCUGACUAUCAAAGAGCUUAAGCGGGGAGAAGGAUUGCCGUCUUCACUCGUCGCAGCAAUGAUUAUUCCAGAGAAGAAUCGGAGAGAGAUUUCCAAGUACCUCUUUCAAGAGGGCGUUUGCUAUGCUAAGAAGGACUUCAAUUUGGCGAAACAUCCCGAUAUCGAUGUACCAAAUCUACAAGUCAUCAAGUUGAUGCAAAGCUUCAAAUCGAAGGAGUACGUCCGUGAGACUUUUGCUUGGAUGCACUAUUACUGGUACCUCACGAACGAUGGUAUUGAAUUCCUUCGGACAUACCUCAACCUCCCAUCUGAGAUCGUCCCCGCUACACUGAAGAAAUCCGUUAAGGCCCCCGGUAGGCCAAUGGGUGGCCCUCCUGGUGAUCGCCCCCGUGGGCCGCCAAGGUUUGAGGGAGAUCGGCCUAGAUUUGGCGACCGUGAUGGGUACCGUGGAGGACCUCGAGGACCUCCAGGAGAGUUCGGUGGUGAGAAGGGAGGAGCUCCACCGGAAUACCAACCGGCAUUUAGGGGCCCUGGUGGAAGAUCUGGAGGAUUUGGCCGUGGGGGUGGUGGUUAUGGUGCAGGUCCUGCUAGCUCUAGUGUUGCUUAGGAGGCAGAUGUCUCACAAAUGCUUAAUUUUGGCUGUUAUAGUGAGCAGUAUAAAUCCUGUAGUGGUCAUUUGUUGACAUUAGUUUUUGUGUCUUUUUUUUAAUGGGUUGUACUCAGUUGAGUUUGACAAGUGACCUAUAAUUAUAUUUCAUGGCACCAGUUACCUAUAAUAUUGUUGAUGUUGAAGUUUACGGAUUGGAUUGAAACUCAACAUCUGGUUUCCUUGCAA